CGAAACACAAGUCACUUCAUCGUUGGACUACUCAUUCAAAUUUCAAGCUCCAAGACUCUCCAAGAGCGGUCACCUAAGCAUUUUGCCAGCGAGGGUCUACAAUGCUGGGUAUUUGUCUCCAUACGAAUGUCCUCGCUGAUUUCUGAACGAAUCUCAGUUGUCGGUCUCACCGGGGGUAUCGCAACUGGCAAAUCAACCGUGUCCACCCUCUUCAAGUCCCGGGAGAUACCCGUCAUCGACGCAGACGUCCUCGCACGAGAGGUGGUGCAACCAGGAACAAAAGGGCUCACUGAAAUCGUCGCAUCCUUUGGCUCUGAAGUGCUGUUCCCAGAUGGUACCCUCGACAGAAAGAAACUCGGUGCUAUUAUCUUCAAUAACGAAGUGAAGCGGAAGAAAUUGAAUUCUAUCAUCCAUCCUGCUGUUUCGCGUGCCAUUCUUUGGAAUGUGUUUUGGUGCUGGUUGAGAGGAGAGAAGUUAUGCAUUGUGGAUGUCCCCCUUCUGAUAGAAGGAGGGCUGUGGAAAUGGAUGGGGAAAGUCGUCGUGGUGUAUUGUUCAGCAGACAUUCAGUUGCAGAGGCUCAUGGCGCGCGAUAGUUCAUCCCGCGAGGAUGCUUCAGCACGCCUUAAUUCACAGCUUCCUAUAGCGCAGAAAGUAGAGUAUGCCGAUAUCGUCAUUGAUAAUUCUGGCACUGUACAUGAUCUGGAACAACAAGUUCGUCUGUGUCUUGUGAAGCUAGAACGGACAGCUGGGUGGUCGUGGAGACUCAGUUGGCUCUUCCCUCCAUUCGCUUUAGUUUCCAUGCUAUGGACGUUGGGAUGGAGGUCUGUGAAACGUUCGCGAUGACAAACUCGGAAGCCACUCGAGGGAAGUUAGAUAUCACGAUGCAUAGACAUUCAAUGUAGUCCGAAAUAGGUGUCACAAAACAUUGA